GUGCACUCCUUCUCAUGCGUUUCUUGCUCCCUGCAGGAUGAGUGGCGAUGAUCUGAGCACUGCGUCGCCGCCGCGCCACCCGCCGCUUCGUGGCGAUCCCGUGACGCCCUUCGCAGACGUGCAGGCGUCGGUGGUGCUGCCCGUCGUGGGACAGAAGCUGCACGUCGAGCGCAUCCUGCAAGACGACUUCCCCACAUGCCGGUGGGGGCGCUGCGUGGAGCUCUAUGACGGCUAUGACGGCUGGUCUGUCGGCAGCAUUCACCCCGGUGUGUGUGUGUGUGUGUGUGUGUUUGUUUGUGCAGGAAUGUGCUGCUCCAGGGUGGGUGAGAUCCACGGCCGUGGCUGGCUUGUUGGUUGGCUGGCUGAUGAGUGUGUCCAUCAAUGUGUGUGUUCAGGUGAGGUGCUUCGGCUGGCUGUGGUGCUGCGGCCGCCGGCGUCCUUCCACGACAAGGCCACGCAGCAUCGGUGGAUUGAGCGCUACAAGGCCCUCGACAUCUCAAUCGACGUCACCGUUACCCAACAGCACGAUGUGCCUAUCUGGAGGGGAGGGAGAGAGGGAGGGGGCCAUCGACCACUCUCCGUCUGUCUGCCGUGCCUCGUGUGGCCUGCAGGUGCGUCGUUCGGUGCUGGCUCCUCGGUACAUCGACAGCGGCACCCGCUCAUGUAUCCCUGAAGGCGACACCCCACACCGCACCUUCACACACUUCAUGCCCAUCGCAACAGCUGCUGCUGGUGGUGGUGGCGGCAGCGGCAGCGGCACGCACCAUGAAGCGCCGUCGCCGAGGGAAGCCAAACCAGUCGACGACCAUCCAUUGCGGGUGAGAAAGGCAGGCACCAUCGAAUAAGGUGGGCAUCUUGUGUGUGAGGUUUCGGGGCGUAUGUGCGGUGGGUGCGGUGUGGUGCAUGUAGGAGGACUGGACGCCCCAUGGUCGGGGUGUGGGUGUGGGUGAGGCUGCGCGUGUGGAGGACAUGCGCAUCGCCCAUGUCAUCACCACACCACUGGGUCAGCCACCAGUGGGUGGGAGGGGUGGCAUUGUCCGUCUGUCUGUCUGUCUCGUAUUGUCUGUCUUUUGCUGCAGCCAUACUCGAGGAGUGUCUUGACAGGGAGGAUCUGACGCUUGAGGUGAACCUCACUCUGGCACGACAGCAGCCAGCCGUCAACCCGGCCACCACACGCAGACUGAGGCAGAGACUCAAGGUAAGCGACCCCUCACACCCACACCCACACUCACACACACACGUGUGGAUUGAAACACACUCACUCUUUCAGGUGCCUCUGGCGGAGCGUCAGGGUGGUCUGCAUUGGUCGUCAGCACUCUCAUUCGACGGCGGCAUCCCCCCCACAUCAGUCGAGGAAGCACUCUCACCUGCCGCCACGUUAUCGUCCAUGGGCAGCAGUGGUGCUGGUGGUGGUGACCAUGACAGCAGGGCUCCCAUACUGAGCGACAUCAUGCAGCUCUUCAGACACACCGAAAAGGUGUGUCGGUGUGGGGGAAGCUGCCCACAGUCACCCUUUGUGUUUGUGUGUGUGUAUGUCAGGCUGGCCGCGAGUCGUCCCUGCGGGCAUCUUUGUCUCAGCUGCCGUCGACGUAUCGGCUGAGCUACCCCAUCGAGCUGCGGCGGCCGCUCACCAUGGGCCACGAGUGGGCCCACGACAGACACGGCAUGUACCUCGCCGUGCGAGUCGCCAACCGAACUGGUCAGUCAGUCAGUCAGCCGCACGAAAUCAGUGGUCAGGAGCACGCCAUGCGCUUCUGCCAUCACUCUUUCUCUCUCUCUCCCUCUCUCUGUGUGUGUCACGAUAUAGGUUCGGUUCCGCUGACAGUGACGGACGUCAUGACCACCAUGACGGACGCGACGAAUGAGGUGGGUCGGGUGAUGCCAGUGAGAGCCGCAGAAACCCUCAGAGACCUCCAUGUAUGUGUGUGAGUCAGGUGUAUGACUUGCCCAAACGGUUGUCGCCUGAGGAGGAGACGUCGUGUGUCUUCCGGCUGCCUCGGGAGGACCCACUUAGCCCCACACAGCCCACCACCCCAACUACCAUAGCUGUCAAAUGGUGAGUGAGACAGACUCACUCACAACGCCUGUGUGUGCGAGCCAAUGGCUGGGUGGCUGGAUGGAUGGAUGGCUGGAUGCGUCAGGGUCUAUGGCGGGUACAGUGUGUCGGGGGACGAGCAGACCUACGGGGUGUGGUCGAGUGUGUCGGUCGAGCGGCCCCGCAGGCCCGACACCCCAUUACACGUCGACGUGGACGGUAAGCCCAGCCUGACUGACAUCACCGCAGCCACUCUACAACCCCCCUGUGUGUCUGUUUCAGGUCCGCCGGAGUGUGCGCCCUUCUCGUGUUUCGUGCUGGAGGUGACAGUGUGCAAUCGCCGGCCGUCGAGCGAUGCGGACGUGACGGUCACUCUGGAGGAGGGGGACGGGAGCGGCGGACAAGGAGAGUGGGGGUGGACGGGGCCGCCACUGGUCGUCGUGCAGGCCAAACAAACACUCGGGUAGGUAUGGCAGCGGACACACAGAUAGAUGGAUGGAUGGAUGGAUGUGUGUGAUGCGUGUGUUUAGGCGCAUCGGUCCCCGUUCGUGUGGGAGUGUGCAGUUCAGCGUUCAGACGACGCGUAUGGGCGUCUUUGAGCUGCCGCGGUGUCAGGUGGAGUGCAAGCUGACGCAGACUGUCGUCGACGUGCCUACAGGCACCAUACGCGUCAAAACCUGACGACCUGGUGUGAUCUGAUCUGAUGCGACGAACGAAGAGGGUGUGUAUAGCUUAGCAUAGCCUAGCCUGCUGCUGACUUUGACGUGUGUGUCGGUCGGUCGGUCUC